AUGAAGUGGGGCACACUAAUUCGUGCCACCAAGGCGGAGAUGCUAACUCUUGUAAAUGAGUACCACAUUACUGCCCCCCAUGGAGCCACUAAAACUUAUCUCCAUAACCUUAUACUUGACCACUUAUUAGACAAUGAUAAUAUUACAUCCGAAUCUCAUGAAGAGCGCCUUAGUAGCCAUGAAAUUGAAGAUAGAGCUUUCCACUCUAGAACGCGAACGUCAGAAGAAAACUCUCAAGAUACAGAAGGAACAACUUGCUCUACAAAAAAAAAACAUGCUGAACUGCAACGUGAACGUGAGAAGGAACAACUAGAGUUCCAACGUGAACGUGAGAGGGAACAGCUUGAACUCCAACGUGAGCGUGAACAGGAAGCCCUUAAAGUAAGAGAAAGAGAACGUGAACUCCAACGUGAACAUGCUGAAAAACAAGCCGCCAUUGCUCUAGAAAACCGUAGAAAAGAGCUUGACUUGGAAACUACACACCACACUCAGCGCAAGGAAGCGGAAGCUAACCUCCAGGUUUUCCACAGCCGUUUCCGUCCAGGAACUGUGAAGCACCUCAAGAAGCAGUGCGGACAUGCCCAGGAAAGUCAGAGCAAAUGUGAUCACAUCUUCUCUGACGACAUGUGUAAGACAAUCAAUGUCUCUAAGGUAUUAGAGAACCUUCAGUCUUCCACCCUGGCGAUAGGAACACCAUCAUACCACAGGGAGAUGGGAUCAUGCACUCCAGCUACAAUCAUCAUUGAGGAGCCACAUAACAUCCUGCCAGGCGUGCAGCGCAACGAACCAUCAAAUCUAUUAGGUUACAACUUCAUCCCCCCGGACUUUAACAUUCUUCAGUCCAUGCAGACGCCCCAGUUCAACAACAAUCUAGUACUUCACUGGGUCCUGCAGCACAACCUCAACAUCCUCUAG